CGUGAUUAGGCUCAACCCAGCUUCCGUAUAUCUCGAAUAUACAUGCGCUGUGUGAACGUUUAAAUCGUUCAUGUGCUGUUUGUUAAGUAUUGUGUUUUUUUUUUAGACUGGUACAAUAAAAAGUGGUGAUGUCUGUGCCUUCAUCAAAUCCAACCAACCCUGUGGUGUUCUUCGACGUUACAAUCGGAGGACAGGAUGUUGGGCGAAUGAAGGUUGAGCUGUUUGCUGAUGUUGUCCCAAAGACGGCGGAGAACUUUAGGCAGUUCUGCACUGGAGAGUUCAGGAAGGAUGGAGUGCCUAUAGGGUUCAAAGGUGCCGCAUUCCACAGAGUGAUCAAGGACUUCAUGAUACAAGGAGGAGAUUUUGUGAAUGGUGACGGCACUGGUAUCUGCAGCAUCUACAGAGGUCCAUUCGCUGAUGAAAACUUCAAGAUGACACAUGCAGCGCCUGGACUGCUCUCUAUGGCCAACAGUGGUCCAGGAACUAACGGCUGCCAGUUUUUCAUUACUUGUACAAAAUGUGACUGGUUAGAUGGGAAGCAUGUUGUUUUUGGAAAAGUCAUUGAUGGAUUGCUCAUAAUGAGAAAGAUUGAGAAUGUUCCCACAGGACCCAACAAUAAGCCCAAACUCCCAGUCCUCAUUUCACAGUGUGGAGAAAUGUGAUCAGCCUGUUCACGACCCCAGUGUAAACACAGCAGUGUUCAUUUACAUCAGUGGUUUAGAUCUUUGUCUUCUUAAAUCCCUUAUUUUACCUGAUCUCAUGCUUUGUGUUGUUAAUCAAUAAAUCAGUUUUUUCACUCUUU